AUUUUCCAACACUACCUUGGAAAGAAGAAGACCGAAUGUAAACAGCUGGACCUGUGGCACAUGUGCCUAGGAUUUGUAAUCCAAAACGGAGAAGGUAUCAAAAAUGUAUCACCUUGGACAGGAUCUACCGGGCAACGAUGUGGACGACAUCGAGGAUCUGAUAUCCGCCGACGACGUCAAGCCCCGGGAACGCUAUGAAAACAAAAAGAACGUAACUGUUCGUGCUAAGAAGCGGGUGCAAAUCCGGCCAGAAGCUGAGGAGGAGGAGGUGACCCCGAAACCAAAGCCCACGAUCCACGAGAGUGUUAUACCCGGAACACAGAAGGUUUUCGUAAAAACAUGGGGCUGUGCCCACAACAAUUCUGAUUCGGAGUACAUGGCCGGGCAACUGGCCGCCUACGGAUACAAACUAAGCGGCAAGGAGGACGCGGAUCUCUGGCUUCUCAACAGCUGCACUGUGAAAAAUCCCUCGGAAGACACUUUCCGCAAUGAGAUCGAAUCAGGGAUGAAAAAUGGCAAACAUGUCGUGGUCGCCGGCUGUGUUCCUCAAGGAGCUCCCAAAUCGGAUUACCUAAAUGGUCUCUCCGUAAUUGGUGUACAGCAGAUCGAUCGUGUGGUGGAGGUGGUUGAGGAAACACUUAAAGGGCAUAGUGUUCGUUUGCUGCAGAACAAGAAGAAAGUCCACGGCCGUCGGGUAGCAGGGGCACCACUCUCCCUGCCAAAGGUGCGCAAGAAUCCUCUGAUCGAGAUCAUUUCCAUAAACUCUGGCUGUCUGAAUCAAUGUACAUACUGCAAGACUAAGCACGCCCGUGGCGAUCUUGCCAGUUACCCACCAGAGGAGGUGGUGGAGCGAGCGCGUCAAUCUUUUGCCGAGGGCUGUUGUGAAAUUUGGCUGACGUCGGAGGAUACGGGGGCCUACGGACGGGACAUAGGCAGCUCCCUGCCUGAGCUUCUCUGGAAGCUGGUGGAGGUGAUUCCGGAGCACUGUAUGCUCCGCGUGGGCAUGACGAAUCCCCCUUACAUUUUGGAGCACCUGGAAGAGGUGGCCAAGGUGUUGCAGCACCCCAGAGUCUACGCUUUUUUGCAUGUUCCUGUGCAGAGCGGCAGCGAUUCUGUUUUGGGUGAAAUGAAGCGAGAAUACUGCCGCAAGGACUUCGAGCACGUAGUGGACUUUCUGAGGGAACGAGUACCUGGAGUAACCAUAGCCACAGACAUAAUUUGCGGUUUUCCCACAGAAACCGAAGCAGAUUUCGAAGAAACUAUGACUCUGUGUGCAAAGUAUAGAUUCCCGAGCCUCUUCAUCAACCAAUUCUUCCCUCGCCCAGGCACGCCGGCUGCCAAAAUGGAACGCAUACCGGCUAAUCUGGUGAAGAAGCGAACCAAACGCCUUACCGAUCUCUUCUACACUUACGAACCAUAUUCGGGUCGUGUGGGCCAAAUAUAUACAGUACUGGUCACGGAAAUUUCCCAUGAUAAGCUGCACUAUGUGGGUCACAACAAGAGCUAUGAACAGGUACUGCUGCCCAUGCGAGAGAAUCUCUUGGGAACACGCGUCCAUGUGCGCAUCACCAGCGCCAGCAAGUUCAGCAUGGUUGGCGAGAUUCUGGAUGAUGAGCGGGAUUGGACAAGAUGUGCCAAUAAGCAGGAAGAGAAAGAUGCACCAAAGGCAGAGGCAGUGACCACAAGAAACGACAAUCUUCUUCAGCGCUUUAUAAGCAUCGCAAUGAUAGUUGGAAUCCUGGCUUUCUUCCUGCGGUUGCUCCGUCGGUUUUUUUAGCCACUCAAAUAAAACAUCAGUUCGUUCCGAAUUCAUAAUUUAA